AUGGCGGACGGAGACGUUGACCUUAGCCGCCAGGAGGAACUCGAUGACCUUACCGCUGCCACACAAAUCGACGACGUCGAGUCAAAGAGAGCUGGACACCCAGACUGCGCCCAAGGAAUCACUGUGCUUCUCGAACUUCACAUUGACGGGUUUAAGGGAGUAGUGGUGCAGAAGGGCACAGACAAGCUCAACCCCUACGGAUAUGUGCCCACGGAAUGGAUUUGCGCCCUCUUUGUCGCACUCUUCUCUUUCUCCACACUGAUACAUGCAUCUCAAGCAGUAUAUACUCGACUAUGGUGGCUCUUCCCAACGGCAUGUGUCGCAGGUAUCCUCGAGAUUAUUGGCUGGGGCGGAAGAUUAUGGUCCAGCCAGAACCCGCUCGCUAAGGAACCGUACCUUAUGCAGAUUGUCACGACGAUCAUUGCCCCUACGCCACUCGUUGCAGCUAACUUCAUCGUUCUUGGAGAGCUUAUCCGUCGUCUUGGACACUGCUACAGUCGGCUCAGCGCAAAAUCAUACAUGAUCGUGUUUGUUUCAUGCGAUGUUAUCGCCCUUGUCGUACAAGCAGUUGGUGGUGCUGCCGCCUCUCUAGCUAUCAACCAAGGCAAGAGCCCUGAGCCUGGUGCUCAUACCAUGCUGGCCGGAAUCAUUUUUCAAUUAGCUUCCAUCACGGUAUACUUGGUGCUUGCGAUGGAGUUCAUCCUUCGUUUCCUUUACGAGAAACCUCUGCGCAGCACCAACAAGCCUUCCCCGGCGUACAAGUUCGACAGGAAUAUCAAACUUAUGCUGUUCGGACUCGCACUAAGCAGCAUCUGCGUCUAUAUCCGGUCCGUUUACCGAACGAUAGAACUGGCGGAGGGAUGGCGAGGUUACAUCAACAGUACUCAGCAUUUUUUCGACUGGCUGGAUGGCGGGAUGAUCGUUCUCGCCAUGUUCACCGUCAAUGUCUUCCACCCGGGCUUCCUUCUUGGCCGCGCGAACGUAUGGAAUACCACCCUCCCUGUCGAGCAUGGCAAGAUGGGCUCACUUGAUAACGGGAACGGGCAAUAUAAAGAAGACGCACCUGCGUAA